UUUAAGCUUCACCCAAAUUAAGCUCUCUUACCAAUAAAGCAAAACCUCCAUUUGUCUGCCUUCUUGGGAUUUCUCCAAUUGAUCGAUGGUCUCUGUUUUCGACACUUGAACCAGCAGGAAAAUCAGGCAGAAGAAAAAGGUUAAAAUUCCCUUGUUUUCUCUCUUUCCCUAACAAGAAGACAGACAACCCUCCACUGUUUGAUAAUUAUGGGGCGAGGAAAGAUAGAGAUCAAGAGGAUCGAGAAUACAACCAACAGACAAGUUACCUUCUCCAAGCGCCGAGGAGGGCUGAUGAAGAAGGCCCAUGAACUUUCUGUUCUGUGUGAUGCCCACCUUGGGCUGAUCAUCUUCUCCAGUUCUGGCAAGAUGUACGAGUACUGCAGCUCACAGUCUAGCAUGCAACAAAUCAUCGAAAGGUACCAAAAGGUCUCAGGAACUCGUAUCCAAGAGUAUGAUAACCAGCUAGUAUACAGCGAGAUGACGAGGAUGAAAAACGAGACGGACAGGCUACAGGCAAGCAUGCGACACUUCACCGGAGAGGACUUGGCCUCUUUACCUUAUAACGACUUGCAUCAGCUUGAAGAGCAACUAGAAAAUUCUGUUAACAAGGUUCGAGCCAGGAAGAAUCAGCUCCUGAACCAACAGCUGGACAACCUACGGAGGAAGGAGCAAAUAUUACAGGAGCAGAACAGCCACUUGUACCGUUGUCUUAUAGAGCAUCAAGCGGCAAUGGAGCACCAGCAAUCACUGAUGGAACAGAGUACGGAGCAUACAGUAUUGGAUCAUUUCGGGCUUUAUGCAGAGGAGCAGGGGAGAAAUAUGCUUCAGCUUUCUACUCUCUCUCCUCAAAUAAAUCCUUACCGCCUCCAGCCUACUCAGCCCAAUCUACAGGAAACUAAUCUCCAGGGACAUGGUUUACAGCUCUGGUACUGA